GAUAGAAUCACCUGACCUGCCCGAAGAUAUCAUAUGACAGAUCACGUGUUAGCCAAAGUCUGACUGUGAACAUGGCUGCGAGACAACAACCCGUGUAUUGGCUGGGGAACGACACGUUGAGCGUGUCUAUGAGCCUCUUUGCAGAGAACCGGCGCAGGCUUUGUGAACGACUGAGAGCCAAUUCCAAAGUGGCCAGGAACUCCAUUGUGGUGCUGCAGGGAGGGGAGCAAACCCAGAGAUACUGCACAGACACUGACCAGCUCUUUCGACAGGAAUCUUUCUUUCACUGGUCUUUUGGAGUGAUUGAGGCUGACUGCUAUGGAGCUGUUGAUGUUGACACCGGAAAAGCCAUCAUCUUUGUCCCCAAGCUGCCGGACAGUUAUGCAACCUGGAUGGGGAAGAUUCAUUCCCGAGAGCACUUCAAAGAAAAAUAUGCAGUUAAUGAAGUUCAUUACACUUGUGAUAUUGCAGAUGUCUUGUCCAAUAUGAGACCAUCCACCCUUCUCACCCUGCGUGGGUUGAACACUGAUAGUGGAAGCACCUGCCGUGAAGCCUCAUUUGAAGGAAUAAGUCAAUUUCAAGUGAAUAACACCCUUCUCCAUCCAGAAAUUGUCGAAUGCCGCCUCCUUAAAACUGACAUGGAGCUGGAGGUUCUGCGAUACACCAACAGGAUCUCAAGCGAGGCCCACAAAGAGAUAAUGAAACAUGUAAAACCUGGAAAGAAGGAAUAUGAAAUGGAAAGCCUUUUCCAGCACUACUGCUACACUCGCGGGGGAAUGCGUCAUACCUCCUACACCUGCAUCUGUGGAAGCGGAAACAACUCUUCCGUUCUGCAUUACGGUCAUGCUGCGGCUCCCAAUGAUAAGACUAUUGAAGAUGGUGACAUGUGCCUCUUUGAUAUGGGCGGAGAGUAUUACUGCUAUUCUUCCGACAUUACCUGCUCCUUCCCUGCUAAUGGCAAGUUCACUGCUGACCAGCGGGCCAUCUACGAAGCGGUGCUGAAAUCAUCCCGCGCAGUCAUGGCUGCAGUCAAACCAGGAGUCGCCUGGCCUGACAUGCACCGUCUGGCUGAUAGAGUCCAUCUGGAGGAGCUGACGAGAAUUGGCAUCCUGCGAGGCAGUGUGGACGACAUGGUGAAGGUUCACUUGGGGGCAGUGUUCAUGCCGCAUGGCCUGGGACAUCUUCUUGGAAUUGACGUGCACGACGUUGGAGGAUACCCAGAGGGAGUCGAUAGGAUCGACGCGCCGGGUCUGAAAAGCCUGCGGACCGCCCGUUUGCUGCAGGAGCGGAUGGUGCUGACUAUUGAGCCGGGCAUUUACUUCAUCGAUCACCUCCUGGACCAGGCGCUGGCAGACCCAGCUCAGAGCUGCUUCAUUAACAAUGAGGCUCUGCAGCGCUUCAGAGGCUUUGGAGGAGUGCGUAUCGAGGAUGACAUCGCCGUGACAGCCAGUGGGAUGGAGCUGCUCACCUGUGUGCCGCGCACACCAGACCAAAUCGAGACCUUCAUGGCCGAGGCGCACAGUUCCUGCAAGGCUUUCGACCAUCAGGCCAGCCAGAAGCUCUAAAACCUGCAGCGCCUUAAUCAGCUGAUUUGUACUGCCUUGCAUUGCACAACUGACUAGAUUAAUUCUGUAUCAUGCUGGUGUAGAAAAUAGAAUAGAAAUCCAGAUUAUUGGAUGCAUAGCCUUCUUCAAGAACGGUGAUUCAAAUUGCUGCAUAUGGAUUAAUUGCAAAAUAUUGCACUAAUGUACCAUUUUACAAAUUCAGCUGAUCUAAAUGUCUUUGAGUACAACUGAUUUGUUUUAGCCAAAUUAAUUUUUAUUGCAGUCGCUUAAUAAGUUCAAUGUUAACUGCAACCAUGUAAAAUGGUGUUUACAGAUGUAUUGAAGAAUCUUUUUUUUAAAUCAUAAAAUUCUUGCUGCAUUUCACAGUAUUGACUAAUAAACUCUUUGAAUAAGAA